UGGACGCUUGAAAAUAUAGCAAGACGGUGUCGAGUUUGAAUAAAAUAUGGGGAGUACGCGAAAAAAGAAAACCUAUAAAUCGUAUAAAAAUGUUGGGGCAGGAUGUGCGAAUGGGUACACCAAAAGGAAGUGUCAAAAUUCAGUUAAUAACUAUUACCGAUAUAUGUGAAAUGCCUUGUAUUCUUGCCGGUGAUGUCGAGAGGAAGAUAAAUUUUGCGUCAAAGUUGUUGCUCUGUAGUUUCUCCGUAUAACGUUGUGUUGCGCUCUUUAAUUCGCAUCCGGCCUACCCAGCACUUUUGUUUACGGCGCUUGUUUGACAUUUACUACAACCACCAGCUGUGAAAAAUCCCACGCAAUUGCCUAAGUUGAAGCAUAAAGAUUUGAGCUAAUAUAACUAAAAGUGAAGGAGUCAACCUACAUUUUAUUGUAAAAGAAUCAUCCAAGGAUACAUACAGACAUAAAGUGAUUAAUGGAAAAACAACUACCGGCCUGCUAAUAAGAUUUAUAGACACAUUCAUUGGUUCAUAUUUACAUCUAAACAAAUUAUCUACAUAAAUAUCCGCUGCUCUUCUUAAAACCUAAGCGCACAUUUUUAAUAAAACAUCAAAGUGUUUGCUAUGCCCCGCGGUAAACGACGUUCUAAUCACGAUAUGGGGGGCGAAGAGGAGCGUACAACUUCCAAACGACCACGCGGUGGUUAUGCGACAACACAAAAUACCAGCAGACGUCACAUCAAGGCUGAAGACAGUUUCAGCCAAAAGCGUUGUGUAGACUGGUUUUGCAAAUACACAAACCCAGAUGAGCCAGAUACGCUAGGUCCUGAUGGUAUGGAAAAAUUCUGCGAUGAUAUUGGUGUGGAACCAGAAAAUGUUGUGAUGCUUGUGCUAGCCUACAAAAUGGGCGCUACCCAAAUGGGUUUCUUCAGCCGUUGUGAAUGGUUAAAGGGCCUCACUGAAUUAGAAUGUGAUUCUGCUGCAAAAAUGCAAUCUAAAUUAGAAUAUUUAAAAAGUAUACUCAACGAUCCAAAUGUCUUCAAAAGCAUAUAUAGAUAUGCCUACGAUUUUGCCAAGGAUUCCGAUCAGCGUAGCAUGGAUAUAAAUACAGCAAAAGCAAUGCUACAACUGCUGCUCGGCAAACAUUGGCCGCUUUACCCGCAUUUCGCGCAAUUCCUUGACCAAUCAAAGUACAAAGUUAUUAAUAAAGAUCAGUGGUGCAACAUACUCGAGUUCUCACGCACAAUUAACAAUGAAUUAACGAACUACGAUAUCGAUGGCGCAUGGCCUGUUAUGUUGGAUGAAUUCGUGGAAUGGUUACGACUGCAACGCACAUGUACGAGUUCUACAAUAUUAAGCUGAAAUUAUCUUUAAAAUACUGAAUUUAUGAUAUUAAAGCAAAAACCGGGAUUAAUUUCACAACUACAUGAAAAAAAUCAACUAUAAUGAAACUCAAGUACCACAAACAAAACAAA